UUUACUCUCCCUGAUGUAACAGAGACUUGCAGCUGGUGAAUGGUUCACAGCCAGAGUUUCAGCUUGUGGAGUUUUCCAUAUUGCAUACCCUAGCGCCCCAGAUGCGGUGAAGACUGAGUUGAGAUCAAUAUAUACCCAGCUCUGUCAAGAUGAUAUGCCAAUGGUGCGAAGAGCUGCAGCAACCAAUCUGGGGAAAUUUGCUGCUACUAUUGAAUCAGCUCACUUGAAGACCGACGUUAUGUCUAUGUUUGAUGAUCUUACUCAAGAUGAUCAAGAUUCCGUUAGAUUAUUGGCGGUUGAGGGUUGUGCUGCUCUUGGGAAAUUGUUGGAGCCUCAGGACUGUGUUGCGCACAUUCUUCCCGUGAUUGUUAAUUUCUCGCAGGAUAAGUCUUGGCGUGUGCGUUACAUGGUAGCAAAUCAGCUCUAUGAGCUUUGUGAAGCCGUGGGACCUGAGCCUACUAGGACGGAACUGGUGCCUGCAUAUGUGCGUCUACUUCGUGACAAUGAGGCUGAAGUACGCAUAGCAGCUGCUGGAAAAGUUACUAAGUUUUGUCGGAUCCUAAACCCUGAACUUGCUAUUCAGCACAUUCUCCCCUGCGUAAAGGAGCUAUCAACAGACUCAUCUCAACACGUCAGAUCUGCACUGGCUUCAGUUAUAAUGGGAAUGGCUCCAGUCUUGGGUAAGGAUGCAACAAUUGAGCAUCUCCUUCCAAUCUUUCUUUCGCUGUUGAAAGAUGAGUUUCCAGAUGUACGCUUGAACAUCAUCAGCAAACUCGACCAAGUGAACCAGGUUAUUGGGAUU